CAACGCCGUAGCAAUACGUGACACUCAAGUGUACGCUUCAAGGACACUGAAGCAGGUAAUACCGUCUCGCCGAGCUUAUAUCGGUAAAUCGGUACUGGUUCCUAAUGACAGGGAAACGUGGCGGGUAUCUAGUGCUCAAAUAGCCACAGUUACAGAUAAAAGUCGUGUUCUAGUUCACCGGUCCUGACCACACUGUUGACGCAAAUGUUUCGAGAAAGCGGCUUAUCUUAAGACCGGAAACGUGAUGAGCACCACAUUCACACCGCAGUGGGAGGGGCAUUAUUGACCUAUCAUAAAGGUUAUGCCUUUAAAAACAAAGAGAAAGACCCGCAGCUUUCAUUAGACUGGCUUACGAGCCUUUAGUGUGUGUGUUUGUGUUUGUGUGUGACGUUCAGAUCGGUGAGAGAUUGUGUGAGACAAAAUGUUGUGACAAACAGGAAAAUGGCUGACCUGCAGAUCUGAGAUCAGUUCCACUUAACAGUUUUGGGCCUUAAACAUAAAUAUUUCAAAAAGCUUGUCUGCCAUCAUUUCAGAUUUAUCUCGGGGUUAAACGCAUCGAGCGUAUUAAAGAUACAUUCGAUGUACUGCUAAUAUAGAUAACUACAGAUUUAAAAAGAAAAAAAAGAAAAAAAAAGAUCAGGAUUAUUUGAAUCAUUCAGAACAAGGUUCAAAUCUGUCCCUGCUGAAAUAUCGGCUACAACAGUGGGCAUUUUUGUGUGUUUAGAUUGAUUCAUGGAUAUUUCAUUUUUAAAAAAAUUGUGUGUGGUGAAAGUAGAAAGUAUUCAUCUGAUCUGCAGGGUUACAUCACGACGACACGCUUUCCUGUUUGUUGUAAGCUGCAGAUCAGAUUAAUAGUUAUAUCUAACACAAUCUAUCACCAAUUGCAUAGCAGUAUACAGGCAGCAUACACACACACACACACACACACACACCAAAUCCAGAGUACAGUGUCAGUCCAACUGCAUAAAGAGGUUUCAGUGCUCCAGUGUUCCAGUACAUUAUGGCCUCUAGAGUGGAUAUGGAAAUUCAUAAUGAAGCCCUUCCGUGCCAGAACAUGGAGAGAGUGGACAAAACCAGCGUGAGAGAUGCUCAGUACAGAGGAGCGUUCCGGCUGACUGCACUGUGUCUGGGUCUGAUGUGUAUUCUUCAGGCGACUCUCAACCUCGUCCUGAGACUGCACUUUACGUCUCAGGUGGAUAUGGAGCUGUUAGCGAUGUACUGUAGUAAUCACACACUGUCUACAGACGCAGAGCACCUCCAGAGCAGGUACAAUAACCUUGUUGAGGAGAACCGCCGGUUACAGACCAAGAACAUCGAGCUGGGUGAAGUGAGAGAUCAGCUACGGAAGGAGAGAGAUGAACUCCAGAACAGACUUUCCAGCAUCGUUGCGGAUAUCGGAAGGCCGGGGUGGACCUACUUCAGGUCCAGUCUUUACUACAGGUCUACUGAGGAGAAGAGCUGGACUCAGAGCAGACAGGACUGCAGAGGCAGAGGAGCAGACCUGGUGAUCAUAAAAAGCAGAGAAGAACAGGAUUUCAUUGAGAUGCUAAGAAGAGGAAAGAGUGCUUGGAUUGGUUUGAGUGACCAAGACACAGAGGCUGUGUGGAAAUGGGAGGACGGUACACCACUGACCACUGUCUUCUGGCGGAGUCGGGAGCCCAAUAAUAAUCAAGGAGACGAGGACUGUGUUAUGACUGGUUACGAUCCAGGAGACAGAAGUGAAGUAGCUGAUAGCUUGAACACAUGGAAUGAUAAUUCAUGUUCUGAGAAUUCAUCUUGGAUAUGUGAGAAAGCAAUUUCCAUUUAAGUCUCGGCGAGGGGGAGGGUUUUAGAUGUGAACGUGGAACUCGUUGAGAAGCGCACAAACACGAUGCAAAUACUUUCUCUUGGUAGCGUACGUCUUUAGCUACCAUCUGCAUAUUAGUACACAUUUUCAUGAGCGCUGUCAUGACAUUUUCUUCUAUUUUCUGCAGUUGACUCCUUUUGUACACAUCUGAUGCUGUAUGCUAGACAUGUCACUGUACUUCUGAAUUCUUGCUUCAAAAUAAAUGCUAUUUAUGACUUA